CCACCCAGAAAUUCUUUUCAAUGGAAUAAGGAAAGAGAAACUUCUCUGCUUCCUCCAUGGCCCCUGGUUUUGCUCUUCUCCCACUGUCUGUCCCCUCCUUAUUUAUGGUGUCUCUGUCCCUGCCCCUUCACCCGCACUGUUCUCUCACCUCUCACCACUCACCAUCACUGUGUUUCGCAUCCUCAGAUCAACCACCCCGUCCCCAGAGAGAUUCACCCGACAAGUUCGUUCCUUUCUGGUGCUGAAGGCUUCGGAUCAUCCGCGGAAUUGUUGGGUUUCGUUAUUUUCUGUUGUUGGGGGUCCGAAGAGGAGAUUAGAUGAGGAUAGGGGCGGGAAUGGUGGGUCAGCAUCAUAGCCAUGGGAGUAACAUUAACAAUGGUGGCCACAAGGUUGGGUACAUCACCAAUACUAAGGUUAUAAAGAAGAAGCGAUACAUCAGGAGGGUGAAGCGGAGGGUCCCGCCGCUCCCGAUUGCCCUCCAGGAGCUGUUCGAUGCGUGCCGGGACAUAUUCAAGGGCCCCGGGACCGUCCCGCCACCGGAGGACGUGCAGCGGCUCUCCCGCAUUCUCGAUAACAUGAAACCCGAAGAUGUCGGGCUAAGUGAGGAGCUUCAGUUCUUCAAGACCAAAAAUGGAGUCAAAGGGGUUCCCAGGGUCACAUAUACUACCAUAUGCAAGUGUGACAAUUUCUCGUUGUGUAUAUUCUUUCUACCUUCUGGCGGCGUGAUUCCUCUCCACAACCAUCCCGGGAUGACCGUGUUUAAUAAACUCUUAUUAGGUUCGAUGCACAUCAAGUCAUACGAUUGGGCGGACCCCAUUGAUUCAUCAAAUGCCUCCAGUGCACCUUCUCAUUUGAGACUGGCGAAUGUUAAAGCUGAUGGCAUCUUAACAGCACCUUGUAAUUCUUCCGUGCUGUAUCCAACAACAGGAGGCAACAUCCACGCGUUCACAGCUCGUACACCAUCCGCGAUUCUUGACGUUAUCGGGCCUCCCUAUUCAAAGGAAGAUGGUCGUGAUUGCUCAUAUUAUAAAGAGUUUCCUUACAGCGCCUUCUCAAGUGGAGAGACUUGUCCGGGCAUAGAAGAUGGCAAGUCCUAUGGGUGGUUGGAAGAAAUCGACAUGCCUGAGAACUCGCAGAUGGACGGGAUCGAGUACUUAGGCCCGCAGGUUAUGGAGACCAGCAGCUGCUAGCUUUGCUCCUUAAAUAUUAUAAAUAUAUAGUUCUUAGCUUCCGGCCCUGAGUUCCGCGGAUACAUCUUUUCCGUGGUCUCUUUACAGUUUCCUUUAGGAAUUUCUAUGACCAUGGGGUCGACCGUCCAGGAGGCCCCGCGACCAUCGACUUUCCGUGGUUUCGAUCUAAAGAUGUAGAGUUAGUUUUUUUUUUUAAUGGACUUUUGUUUCUGUUACUUCCACAAGAAUGGCAUAUAAAGAGAGAGGUUCUAGAUUUUCAGAAAACCAGUGGGUCCUGCUAGCGGUUUUGUUCAUAACUUGCGGAUCUUAUUAUUACGAAGACACAGUCAACUUCCUUAAUUUUUAAUUCAUUCAUUUA